GGGGAACAGAAGAUACACCUCAACAGCCUCAAAGCCAUGGAGCCGCCCCAAGGGGAGAUGAGGGACGUGAUGAAUCGGAGCUCGAGCGGAUCGCCAUCGUUCCCCAUUGGGGUCGUAGAACCCAACCGGAACAGGUGGGAGAUGCAGCGAGCUGGCCAGGUUGCUGACAGGCGGUCGGAUAACAAGCCAGUCCAGCCCUUGUCGGGCCACGCUCAGACUCGUGGCAAAGCCACCGGCACUGUCAACAUCAAAGGUGAUGGCGAGAGGCAAUUGCCGGGCUGGGACCGUAUCAGAUUCAAGAUCAAUCCGGGGUGGAGGCAGAUCCUCCAUCGCGGGUGGAGGACUCUCCAUGGGAGAGGAGCCGUCAGAGGUUGUCAACGGAGGGGGGCUUCCAGCGCGCCGUUGGCGGAUGCCGGUAAAGAGCUGGCGUCGUGCCACUACCGGGAGACGGUUCUCCCAGUCGGCUGGAUGCGGUCGAAUCUUGGGGUGGGACAGAACAUCUGGGAGAUCCGUGCCGAUCAGCUCGGAGAGAGAAGUGGUGUUGGCAUUGGAUGGAGGAUGUGUGACAUGCUCCAGACAGCCGUGGUGUCCAAGGAGUUGCUCUGCAAGGCGUUCCGCCAGCAGUUGGGUGGCAUCAUCAAUGACUAGGUCCAUUGGUUGUGGGGAUGGCAACCCUGAAGGGGGUGGAGAGUCAUCCCCCAUGGCAAGGUCUGUGUCUCCAUGAAGGAUGCUCCUCCACAGAAAGAUUGUUCAGAGUGUUGGCGAGAUCAGUGAAGAUAUCAGCAUUGCUGUCUGGAGCCUGACUACCGCCCACGUUCUCAUGGGUGACAAAUAUAUUGUGAAAUGGAGCUUCUGCACUGGAAGCAGAAGGAUGUCCCUGACGGCGAUUACGCCGACGUUCAUUACGUGCUCUGAUCCUAUCCUCCUCAGUUUUGUAGAUUCGGGGCCUACCUCCUGGCAUCGUGUGCGGUGAUAUAUCGAGGCCAGGUCUCUGUGUGGCUUCCCGAACCUUCAAUGAUCAACAUGCACCGUACCAUUAGUUCCAAACAAAAAGAAUUAUAUUUUCAGCAUUCGAAGCAAAAUGUAGCUUCCCAGGUGAGGUUUUGGAAAGAAUCAUCAUCCUUCUUCAACUUUGUUUUUGGGGCUUUUGCAUCACCAACCUCCCAUCCAAGGCAAAUUCAGGGAUUGGUCAAUACUCUACUGGGACGAUAACUCAAUACUCUACUAGGACGAUAACUCAUGGGACGAUAACUCAUGGGACGAUAACUCGUGGGACGAUAACUCGUGGGACGAUAACUCGUGGGACGAUAACUCGUGGGACGAUAACUCGUGGGACGAUAACUCGUGGGACGAUAACUUAUGGGAUGAUAACGCAUCAGACGGGAACCCCCGUACGUCCCAUGUCCCAUAACUCUAAAGCCCCUUUACUUGUCCUCUCUCCCAUCAGCAACCAGACUAGAUUUUCCUGUCACGAGAAAGAGAAAAAGCUCUUCCCUUUGCACUUGAAUGGUCACACAAAACACACAAUGCGAUCUUCAGAACACACCAUAUCCCCAUUACCAAUCUUUCUCCUACAAGGCCAACAGUCUAGCCAGCCAGCAGAUCACGCGAAUCCACUGCAGGAGAUCCCUGACUCAGAUGAUGAGGAUGAUACAGCACAGGCCAUUCAAAAAUCCAGUACUCAUAGGGUACCUCACCACCAAGGUUCUGCGGUAGCAUGGAGUCAUGCUGGGCGGACAGCAACUGAUGUCAGCAUGGCGCAGGAGCCGAAACCAUCAUCACAGCGGCAGCUUUCAUCGACUCCUUCCUGGGAACCGCGCCAUCAACAAACCCUGCAAGCCUGCACCACCAGUCACCCCCGGUCCAGCAGCACUGAAGAGAUCCCACUCCCUCCAGUACAACUCAUACAACGCUCAGCAUGGCGCCGAGCGAACUCUCCUCCAGUGAUUGACUUGACUGGAGAUGACGAUCAGGAUAGGGGCGACGAAUACUCCGGUACGCUUGGGAACUCCCCAGCUCGUAAGCGGCGGCAAUCAACGGUGAGUACAAAGCUGGAUGCCCAUGAGCACCAGGAAUAUCCACCAUCGAAGCAUGCUCGACUGGGGUCCUCACAAUCUCAGUAUCCCCGGAAUCCGACACCUGACCAGCAUCAGCUCACUUCAUGCCCCGCCCAGAGCACAAGAAGGAGUGACCAUCAACCCAACUCAGCAUCACCACAUGUGGCAAGCGCCAUCCCCAGUGAAAGCGGCCGCCGCUCCACUGUCAGCGGCUCGGCCCGGAGGCCACAGCCCCACAGGACCCAGCAGAGGUUGGGCACGGCAGCUCAAGCUCCCGCUGGGUGGAGCCAGGACCACAACAGGGCUGACUCCCACAUCACAUCUAUCAGGAGGGUUUUCAGCCACCUCAGGACCAUCCCAGAUUCGACCACCAUCACCACCACCACUGUAAAGGGGGGCGUACGUGCGUUGUUCCCUGCGACAGGAACCGGGUUGUGAUCGAGGGAUCUCAGGAAUGGAUAUACCAAGGCAAUGCCGCUAUACCACACGGCACCGAACGAUCUUAGCAAGAAAAUGAUGUGCCGGGGGCACUGCGAAACCCCGGAUCUCCCAUAUUUCCUAUCUCGGAACACCGUAGAACCGCCGACUCCGACAUACUAAUGUAUGGUGGAGCCCGCGGCCGGAGUACUUAAUGGAGGGUUCCCUCCCAGAUAGUUACGAGAAAU